AUGUCAGGUAAGAUAUUAGUUGUGCCUGGGUUUGCAGAAAUGGGGACUAAAGGUUUUUCCAAACAGUCAGGGUUAUUCAUUAAAUUCACUGAAUUUGCAACAAGUAACAAUUUAAUAUAUAAAACUGUGUGUUGUGGUAUAAAUUGAGCAGAUUGCAAUGUUUGCUCUCAGGUAUGAAGACAAGGAAUGAACACAGCAGAAAUACGAGCUCGGAGGGUAGUACUCGUCCACACAAAUGUAUGGCAGAAUAGUGCUCCUGAUUUAAUGGGAGAAGACACAGAUCUUAUAUCCAAUUCUGUACAUAUCCAAAAAGGGGUUGUCUUUACACAAUGCAUUAGAUUUUACAUAAAUAGUCAUGUCCAGUGAAAUGCAUCUUAAGAGAACUUGAAACACACCUGGCAUUAGCUGGUCAAAAGAUGUUCAUUGAUUAAACAAACACUUUCCAACAGUCAUAAAGAUAAGGUGUUAACAGGAUAUAGGGGGCUGGGGGGAACAAGAAGAAGAUACAAAUCAGGAUCAAAGGCCAGUUGUUAUAAUAGAGCAUCCUGACAUGGUGUGACACAGGAUAUAAGGGGGAAGGGUGCUCAUUAACCCUUAUCACUGUGUUUCCCAUCUUGGUUAUUAAAGGGUCUUUCUAAGCACUAGAACACGUACAGCCCGCUGCUUGGUGUCUAUGGCACUAGCACCCCUGACCGUACAGUAUACUGCCAUGUUGUUUUCUGACACAUAAUGCUCACGUCACUUCUUAUUCCCACAGAGAAACAGAAUAACUUCCCCCCUCUACCUCGCUUUAUACCACUCAAACCAUGCUUCUAUCAGGAUUUUGAGACUGACAUACCAGAUGGUCAUCGACCUUUAACCAAGCGCCUCUACUACCUAUGGAUGUGUGAGUAUGGCUCAUUAUCUGAGCAGUCGCCUUACUAAUUAUUAUACCUCUAAUCACAGAACCUUGUGAUUAACGAAUACGGACAGAGCACAAAGUAAGAAUAUAAUGGGGAACACUUGCAAAAGGUGAUACAAAUCACUUGUUUAGGGUUCAGCAGUUGUUUUGGUAUAAUCGGCAUGAUUUGCUUGAUUUAUUCGUAAGUGCAUCCCACCCGCCUUACUUCCUGGUAAUGUUUAAGCUCCUUUUAUUUUCAUCCAUUUUCAUUGUUUGUAUUUUAAUCUAUUUUUUCAUUUUCUCCUCCCUCUCAUUUCAUUUGAAUUCGAAUUUUACUUCCUCUGUUUUUCUUCUCUUUCUCUUAUGUUACCUCCAGAUCCUCCGCUACAGUUUUAUUUAUGUUAAAUAUAAAUCCAUCUCUUUUCUUUCCAUCUCUUUUUUCAGUAUUCCUUUGCCUAAUUACCCCGGGUGCUUUUAAUUGUACUCUCUUUUUUGAUUUACACUGCCCCCUGCUUCAUUUAUAUCUUGUUUUAUCACUUCUUUUACCCCACAUGUACAUUCUCUCCAUCCACUGGUGCAUCCAUAAGCAGUUUUCUUUUGCGUAUGCAUAUACCCUUUAAUGUUCCCUCUUACUCCUCCUUUCUGCACAUUCUGCAUUUUUCACAGGGUAUAUCAUCUUUCCUUCCUCCUUUUUAUUUCACAUCCCUUGAUUUUCCUGCCUGCAUGUACUUGGUUUCCUAUGAUGAUUACAUUGUCCUUGUCCUUGUCAGUAGUUGCAUUUGUAUUAAUACACAAACUUCCUGCUACAUGUGACUUACUCAGAAAAGAUUUUAUCCAAUCAAAUGGGGAAGGAGUCUCAUUUUAGGCAACAAAGUUGCUCACUUCCGAUCUUUCUGUGACCUUACAUUUAAAGGGAAUCACUCAUAGCUUUGUCUCUUUUUAAAGAAUAUAGUCUGAAGAUAAAAGAAUUGGUGGUUGAUUCCCUUUAAAGUCAGCAUGUAAAUACAAGAUUGCUUGUUUUAUUGCUUUAUAUUGCUGCCAUCUAGAUAUCAUUUUCAAGAUGGAAUCAUAGUCAAAAUGAUAGGUAAAGCAUGUAGCUUUGAUAUAUAUAAACAGUUAAUAUUUGCUACUGUUUAAGUGACUUAAAAUAAAUAGUUCUCUGGCUGCUUGCAUGGAAUGACGAUUUAAGAGUUGGACACAUAUUCUAUUGUAAUUAGAAAAUGUUAUUAAGAUGGUCACACUUAAGAUGGUCUAAUUAUAAAAUGUUAUUAAGAUGGCCACACUUAUAGCCAAUUGACCUGGGUGUCACUAUUUAGUAUUAUAUCCAUAUGCAUUGGGAGCUAGAACUUCUCUACAGUGAAUGCUGUGUUUAUAGUAUAUUUGCAGCUUUUAAUCACAGGACUAAAACCAUUGGUCAGAGCAAUAAAGGGAGGUAGUAGAUUUCAGAUCCUUAUUCCUGAACUCUGGCUGUCCCCAACUUCACUCUGAUCUGUGGCUCUCUUCUCCUUGCUGCAUGCGUGUGCCUCUGCGUGUCCCCCGUGUGUGCGUGCAGUGAACAGCAUCACGCUUGCGGUGAAUCUGAUUGGCUGCCUGGCUUGGCUGAUUGGAGGAGGCGGCGCCGUUAAUUUUGGCCUGGCGUUUCUGUGGCUCAUCCUUUUUACUCCCUGCUCCUAUGUGUGCUGGUUCAGACCUAUAUACAAAGCUUUCAAGUAAGUAUCUGUCAUCCUAAUUCACGUACUCUGUCAAGCUCUCCUCUCCCUGUAUCAUUUCUUCACUUCACCAGCUCUAAAUCACUCUUUCUUUUCUUUGUAUCCAUUACAUAUCCUACUCUUUCACUUUAUUUCAUUAUCACUUUCUUAUAAAUGUUUACCUUUUAUAAUCACGGCCAAAGCCAUGUCAGAGCAAAAAAAGGUGUGAAUUGCAGCGCUAUGCAAGGAUAAUAAAGAAAAUAAAUGAUCUUAUUAAAUCCUGUAAGUGAAUGUAGCCUAUCAUCUUUAGCAUGGAUGUUAAGGCUACUAUUCAAACAGUUAUAUAUCAAGCCAGCAUGACUGCUAAACUAACACUGCAAACAAUAAAAUAUAACUUUUAUACAGCUAGCUAUAUUUAUUCUAUCAUGUAACUGAUCAAUUUUGAACGUGUUCAGCAGUUUUUCAAUCAUUAUCAUUAUUAUUAGUGUGAGAUUCUGAUUUCAGAGUGCAAUGCAAUUCCUGUAAAAGAAAAUUUCAGGUGGCACAGCUAUGUCAGAUAUAGAAAUGUGUAGCACUGGUAUCUCUUCUGGACUGGGAUAUAGAGCUUAUCAGGGUCCCCCUGUAGUAUCAAUAGUGUCAAGUUAAAUGUUAGGCUUAGUACUUGCAAUACACUGAGCUAAGUUUGUGUUUCUAUGCAUGUCUUCCUAAAAGUUCCCUGUGGAAUUACAACAGUAUUAUUUUUGCAUAUUAACACCUUAAAGGAACACUAUAAAGUCAGGAACACAUACAUUUGUUCCCGACUCUAUAAUGUUAAUACCACAAUUUAGGGGGCUUGUCCCGCCUCCCCCUCACCCCCCAUCUGAGGAGUGGCCAUUGGAGGUAACCCUAGGCUUUAAUAUAAACACUGCCCUUUCUCUGAAAAGACAGUGUUUGUAUGAAAAUGCGUGCAAGGACUGUCUAUACUCUGUCCAGAAAAACGACAAUGAGCUGUAGUUGUUCUGGUGACUAUAGUGUCCCUUUAAGGCUACCCACUUUGCAAGCCCCUGUAUACAGUCUGCAAUUUUUGGGCAUCAGAACUGGAAUUUCAUUAAAUACCACAAACAAUCCAGAUUUAUAUGUUAAUGUUUAGGCACAGAUACUAUAUAGAGGUUUAGGAGGCUAAGGCUGCUGUCUUGUAAGUUCCAUUGAUCAUUGUGUGUGAGUGUCUAUACAUUCGUUUCUGUCUAUGUUACAUGAAACAUUUGUUUUACAGGACUGACAGCUCCUUUAACUUCAUGGCUUUCUUCUUUGUGUUCUGGAUUCAACUGGUGAUCAGUAUAAUACAGGCAGUGGGAAUCCCAGGAUGGGGAGUCUGGUGAGUUUAUUUCAUUAUAUAAAAUGUUAUCUUUCUGAAUCUACAGGCAUAAUGGGUUAUGUAUCAGGCCCAUUGUAGAUUUUUGUUUUAAAUUUAAAUAGAGUUUAUACACAAACAUAGGUAGUGCUUAAAGCAAACCUCACUCAUUGUUGGUUUUGGGAUAAUACAAUUAUCACUAUCUUUUUUUUUUUUUUUUCUUAUUGUAGAAAAAUGUGUCCAUCUUUGAAGUUCAAAUAAAGAACAGUAAAAUAAGGACUCCUGCGGGCAUCUUAAAUUUAAACCCUGCUUUUGUUCUACUGAACAAUCAAUGUAUAAUUAGGCUCUAUGGCUGAUCUUAAGGUGACCUUCGUCUUUAAAGGAACACUUCAAACACCAUAACUACUGCAGUGGUUAUAGUGCCAGGAAUGCCCUGGCGCCCCUCCAGUAAUCAAACGGUUUGCUAACGGUUUGACUUCUUAGGAUCUAGGUCUUACCUGGGGUCCUACUAAGAGCUUUCACUAGCUCUCUUAAACUAAGCACUACCGUGCUGGCAAGCUCAUUGGCUUAGAGCACCUGUUUCCGCACUCCCAUCCACCGAGCUAAGCCCAACAUUGCCCGACUUAACUCAGGCAGAGAACUUAGGGUUGUCAAAGAGGCAUGGACUGGCAUCUGGUGAAUCCCAGGUAAGAAGUAAAAAUAUCAGCAGAUGGUUUGACUGCACACAUUGAGAGAGUGCCAUUGCACACCUGGCAGGAUAAUCAUUACAAAGCAUUGUAGUGGUUAUGGUGCUUGCAGUAUUCCUUUAAUCAAGUUCUACAGCAGAAGAAUCCAAGUAACAUUGUGAUAUUGCCUCUCUGAUGGUAGCUCAUAAUUUUCGUAAAUGUGACUAUAUCUGGUUUAAUUAACUUUGUAUUGUAUGUUUCCUAUUAGCUAUUUGUUUCACUCUUUUUUGCUUUUGUCACGUGUCAUCUACUUGAGCAGCCUGGCCAUUUACUUAAUGUAAACGCAGUCUGAUGUGUCUAAUAAAUGCAAUAAUUAUUUCUAAUUUUUUUUCUUUUCUCCUCACACUCUAAUCCGGCUUAAUGCUCCUCAGUGGAUGGAUUGCAACGAUCGGCUUUUUUGGUACAAAUGUAGGAUCUGCAGUGGUAAUGCUGAUUCCCACCAUCAUGUUUACAGCUAUGGCCGUGUUAUGCUUUGUAGCCUUGACAAAGGUAUGUCACAUUUCCCUAGAAUCUCAGUGUGGGCUGUUUUAUUCAUUGAAUUACUAUGAAAUCGAUUUAGGUGGUAGUGAGUUAUUUUUAGUGAUGUGGAUGAAUUCUGAUGUAUGUUGAGGAAAACGAAUUGAGGGCUCAAAAUUUCUUGUUGUCCUCUCACCAUUGCGGAGAGGAAAUUAAGCCUUGAUGGGUAUUACAUUUAUUCAGACCGCGGAAGUGGUCUGCACGCAGUGCUGAUUGGCAUCUCACCUGGAAAUCAGAAGGUAUGUCCCCUGCCUUCACACAUUCAUCACAGUAGAUACCUGCAUUUGUGAGCACAUGCCAGGUUGUGGUGGUGAGUUAUUCUUCAGGCUUUGUUAAUGGUGCAGGACACAAACUGUAUGUAUAUGUAUAACCGUGUGUACAUGGAGAUUAUACUAUCAGCAUGCUUGUUUUUCCCCACACUGAUUUAUGGUAAAUAGUGAAAUAUAGUAUACAUGAGGGAUCAGACCCUCGAUGGACACUUUUAACUUCUCUAUCCACAUUUUACAUUAAUCCUUCCAACAUAUUGAUGUCUCAAACAGACUUUGAAUCGUAGCAUAGCUUUGAUAUCGCAGUGCCAGAAAGCCCACUCAUCAACAAGCUGAUUCAUCCUUAAUUGGAAUCAUCAGUGUUAUGCGUUGUGCACCUGGUAGAUUUUAUUGAAAAUAUGCAUAUCCCACAGUGUUAAGCUGCAGACUUGUAAACUAAAUGCUGUGCAACAGAUUUGUCAAAAAAGACGCAUACCCAGUUGUAGAAUACCUCCUUUAAAGGGACACUAUAGGCACCAUAACAACUUCAGGUUGUUAGCUAGCAGCUAGAAAGAUCUAAUGUUUAAGUUUCCUUUAUUGCACGGUCUGUUUUGUAUUUUCUGCUCUGUUAAUAGCCUUCUAGAUCCUGCAAUAGCCUCCUGUGUGUGAUUAAAGUUCACAGAGCAGGAGAUAAAAACAUCUAAAGUAAGUUUACAUUUGAAUGAAAAAUAAAAUAAUUUUUCCUUCAUGAAGGAUGUGUCAAUCAUAGCCAGACGAGUGAUUUUACUCCUAAAUGGCAGAACGUUGAGCAGUGAGAGAUCAGGGGCGAUCAGGGGAGAUCUUUAUACCCAAACUGCUUCAUUAAGUUGUCUUCGUGCCCACAGUAUACCUCUAAUGCUUUCCCAAUCUUUCUUAAUGCUUAGCUUCUCAGAGCCUAAUGGAGGUUGCAGUUGUAAAAUAGGUACCUAUUGGGCAUCCCUGCCUUAGACUCAAUGUUAUAUUUGGGCAGUCCGUUUGAUGUAAGUUUCAUUUGACUCAAUGCAACCUGGCCAUCUUUGCUUGAUCUGUAAACCUGAGGCAUGCUGCUUCCAAUUAUCUAAUCAAACCACAUUUACAGCUACAAUAAUUAAAUUAUUCCAUCCUUUAUCUGUACCUUUGUCAAAUUUGUGAAUUUGCCACCCAUUUCAGUUACACUGUGCUACAUGUCACGUGACGUGACAGGUCAGUGAACGCAAGAGCCCAGAAAUGGACUUUAAAUCACAAGACAUGUCUACUUCAUCUGUAGUUUAUGCAAACACAUUUAAAGGCCUUGCCCUGUGACCUCUCCAAGCUAAUUAGAAUGCAAAUUAACGGUUUUAAAUCAGAAUCAUUUUGAUAACCGAUUUUAUGAUGCGUACUGAAUGUAUUAUAAAUCUUUUAUUUUUACCCAUGAUCUAUACAUGUUCUUACAAUUUUUUUUAGCACAAUGUGUACAAUAUAUACAUUUCAAGUAUUUUCCCUAUCCCAAAAUCACUGCAGAAGACAGAUCAUAUUAAACAUGUGUCAGCAGUUAUCUACAGCUUUUCCGGUGGAUGGUGAGCACAUGCAGAUGACGUUAUUUUACUCAGUAGAGGUUUUAUUGCAGGCAACAAUGUGCUAAAUGCGGUCAUAUACCAUGUUUUAGUUUCAUUUUUAAUUACACAAUAAGCAAUAUAUAUAUAACUGCAAUGCAUCAUCUGCAUAUCGCAAGAUGGUCUUCGGGAAAUCUAGAUGACACAGAAACUCGAGAUGUCAUGUUUCCAGUAUUGUGUGACUCACUGUCUUUCCUUGGUAUUAAUUAUAUUUAGACUGCUGCAAUAACAAGGGAUUUAUUUGAAUUAAUGAGAAAUGGUACAUCUUAUAGUACAGAUGUCAUACAUCAUCAAAUCCUUACUGUAAUACCACCAUCUCGUGGACUAAAACAAAAAGACCAGCCAUCGAAUUCACUGUUAUAUUAUUAUUAUUAUUGGUGUUUAUAUAGCGCCAACUUAUUCUGCAGCGCUUUACAAUAUUAUGAAAGGGGGAGAAAUUUAACAAUAAAUGAGACCAUUACAAAAUGAUACAGGAAAAAUAGGUAGAUGAGGACCCUGCUCAAACCAGCUUACAGUCUGUUUUGAGAUUCUGAUUGUAAAAUCCAAGUAAAAAGGGCAAAUUUAGGAAUUGCACCCAAACUUUUGUAUGGGAAGCAAUGUAAAUAGUAAAAAGAUAGAAUUAUGGCUCUGGCUUGCACAUUUGUUUUGGGGACAGAUUUAGGGAGUUCUAAUUACUACUCUCUCAAUAAAUAAGUGCUUUCUUAAUAACCAGCAUGGAGCCAGCUGUAUUCUGUUCACUUAGCCAUUAAGUGAUGGGUGAGGGUUAAUACCAACUAACGAGGAUCCUGCAGACAAACGAGAAUAGACUCAAAAUCAAUCCCUCUUGGUUAGUACAGGAGUUGCAGACAGUCAUUAAUUUUACUAUACUAAUAUUGCCCUGUAAAUUCCUUAUUGACUGAACAAUAAUACUUUCAGGUCUGAUGCAAAAUGCCUAAUACAGUGACUGAACAUUUAAUAUAGUUGUUCUGGUGUCUACAUUAAAAGGCUUGCAUAGACAGGCAGGAAAUGUAAAAGGGUCACUCCAGGCAGCCCUUUUUACUCACCUGGUUCCAGCGCCGGGAGCCUCGUGAAGCCGCACCCCCUAUUUCGUCAAAAUGACAAAAUAGGUGGGCGCGAGCAGCGAGCAAUCAGACACUUCCAUUCAUGCCACCCUAUGAAGUCCUGAGCGCAGUACCGCGCAUGUGCGCGGCCGCGAGCUGAGCUGGCUGACAGCUCAGCUCGCGGUCUUUGCCCGCCCCCUCUCCUCUGCACACAGUGCCUUCUCCCUCCUGCACACGUCAGACGUAUUUUAAUAUGUGUGACAUGUACAUGACCUUUUUAGGGCCAUACAUGAUAGGAAGUCCCUCUGGUGGCCGUUUGAGUGACGACCACUGUAAAUGUUCCUAUCAAUCAAUGUAAACACUGUAUUUUCUUUGAAAAUACAAUGUUUACAUUAGAUUGCCUGCAGGGAUCUGUAGAUCAUAAAACAGAAAAAAUUAAGCUGUAGUUGUUCAGGUGACUAUAGUGUCCCUUUAAGCUUUAUUUCAAACAUGUAUAUAAAGUAUGUGUGCCAUGCACACACUAAAUGUAAAGGAACUCUCGAUUAAUUCUGAUACCAUUCACUUCACAUCACUUGGAUGUUAUUUUUGAUACAGAGUUUCACUCAUUUGAUCUGCCUUUUCGGGUGUUUCAUCAAGUCAUGUACCAGUUCCAUUAGCUCCCACAAGGCAUAUUCUAAAGAUUUCUUUAGAUACAUUGAAUAGUGCUGUGGAGGUGUUCUGUAGUGAUCUCCACUCACAAGCUUUCUGCAGAUAGAGAAGUCACCGGUAUCUUAAAAUUACCAUUAUUAUUAUUAUUAUUGCCAUUUAUAUAGCGCCAACAGAUUCCGUAACGGUUAUAUAGGUUGAUAUAAUUUAACAUAUUAAACACUAUUUGGAAAGUUAUUCAGGAAAGUGUCAAAUGUUGGGAAUUCCAACUUACUUUUAGGCCAAAAUAGCAGACCUUUUUUUCAAAGUAAGCUGUUUUUCACGGAUCUAAAAUUUGAAAAUAACUUUGGAUUCCCAAUACUUUUUUAAUGAAUAAUCCCUUGAAUUGUAUUUACUUAUGUUGGAUUCUUACUGUGCAACCUGUAAAUACAGUACAGAGAAGCAUACAUUGUAAAUACAAAUCUUUUCUCAGUAAGAAAUGUUUAACAAAAUAAAAUGAUUUAGUGUUCUCUGGGGAUGUCCAAGUCGUCCUUGUCGUUUGUUUGCACAUAAAUACAUAUGUACUAAUAUCGCUUUAAUGAUUUCUUGAAUAUUAAUGAUUUGCACAUGAUUUUUUUUGAGUUGGGAAUUGUGGGUUUGCAUUUUACUGAUGUGCUUCUUUUUCCAUUGAAAAUCAAAUUAUUAUUUACCUACAUUUACCUUAUUUACCUACAACAGGUACAUAAAUUUUACCGUGGUUCAGGGGGCAGCCUUAGCAAGGCACAAGAGGAAUGGACAACAGGUGCCUGGAAAAAUCCUCAUGUUCAGCAAGCAGCGGUAGGUGCGGCACAAGCAGCCAUGACGCAGAACGAACCUCAGUACUCCGCUGCACCAAACUAUGGCUACACCAACCAAAUGUGA